AUGCCGAGGUCUUUUCUCGUGGAUUCCUUGAUUUUAAGGGAGGCCAACGACAAAGGGAACGAGAACAACCCACCUUUAUUCCCCUACGCGGUGCACUCGCCGCACCACCCGCACGGGCUGCCGGGCUCCUGCCACUCCAGGAAAGCCGGGCUGCUGUGCUUCUGUCCGCUGUGCAUGACCGCGUCCCAGCUCCACCCGUCCCCACCGACGCUGCCGCUCCUCAAGGCGUCCUUCCCUCCCUUCAGCUCACAGUACUGCCACUCGGCGCUGUCGAGGCAGCACUCUUCCUCCAACGGCGUCAACCUCAGCCACGGCCCGGGGAUAUACCAGGCUGCGUACUCGGUCCCAGACCCGCGGCAGUUCCACUGCAUCUCCAUCGAAAACAGCAACGGCAAACUUCAGAGCAGUAAGCGCAUGCGCACCGCCUUCACCAGCACACAACUUUUGGAGCUGGAGCGCGAGUUCACCUCCAACAUGUACCUCUCCAGACUGAGGCGCAUCGAGAUCGCCACAUACCUGAACUUGUCCGAGAAACAGGUGAAAAUCUGGUUCCAGAACCGCCGAGUGAAGCACAAAAAGGAGGGCAAGAGCAGCGGCCAAAGGACUGGAUCACAUAACUGCAAAUGCUCGUCCCUGUCAACGGCGAGAUGCUCGGAGGAAGAGGAGGAUGACAUUCCCAUAUCUCCGUCCUCGUCCGAAAAGGAGGAUGUGGACCUGUCCGUCUCCCCUUGA